CCCACCACUUCUCCGUAUUUGCCCUUGCCUUCUCUAAACUAUGUCGACACUCUCUCCUAAUGCCGAUAAAAUUCUCUUCUCUCUUCCUUUCUCUUUGAUUCCAUCUCUGUAUCCAAACUCAGCUACUGUGGGAUGUGUCCAGUGCGCACCAGACGAUCAUCCUCGGACGACCUUCGCUUCUUCGUUACUAUCACGUCUUAACUUUUUUUUGUGUGUAUCAUUGGGAUUUCUCUUGUUUGUAUAAAACCCGUAUUAUUUGUAUCCAUUAAGCCCACCCUCUCCCAGUUCGAUAUCCAUGUUAUUCUUUGAGGAUCUGUGGGAGUUGAUUGGCCUCAAUCAUUUCACAUUAAAGACUCGAGCUUUAUCAGAAGAAUCUUUAUUUCCGGGGAUUUCUGAAUCCAUGUCUAACUCGAGUUGCCAAUCAGCCGAAGUCAAUGGUUGCCGAGACGACUCAGCUGCACUAGCCCUCAAGCUCAUAGCCAUAGCGUCUAUUCUCCUCGCUGGAGUAGUUGGCAUCGCUAUCCCUCUCAUCGGAAAGCAACGCCGUUUCCUCCGCACAGACGGCAGCCUCUUUGUCGCCGCAAAGGCGUUCGCGGCUGGCGUAAUUCUCGCCACCGGUUUUGUUCACAUGCUCUCGGGUGGGUCAAAUGCCCUCAGGAAUCCUUGCCUUCCCGAAUACCCAUGGUCCAAGUUCCCAUUUCCAGGUUUUAUUGCUAUGAUGGCGUCGUUAUUGACUCUGCUUUUGGAUUUUGUGGGCACUCAGUAUUAUGAGAGAAAGCAGGGCCUGAACAGGGCAAGUGAGGAGCAAGCAAGGGUUGGAUCGGUCGAUGUAGGUCCUGAUUCGGAUAUUGUGCCUUUCGCGGGUGAAAAAGAGCCCAAUGGAAAGGUAUUUGGGGAAGAGGAGGGCGGUGGGAUGCACAUUGUGGGGAUGCACGCGCAUGCAGCACACCAUAGGGACAGCCACCCUCACGGCCAGGACGCAUGUGAUGGGCAUGUGAAGGAUCAUGGGCACGGGCACAAUCACCGGUUCAGUGAGGGUGACGAGGAGAGUGGAGCACGACAUGUCGCCGUUUCGCAGAUACUGGAACUUGGGGUUGUAUCCCAUUCGGUUAUUAUUGGAUUAUCACUGGGAGUUUCACAGAGCCCAUGUACCAUAAGACCCUUGAUAGCAGCGUUAUCAUUUCAUCAAUUCUUUGAAGGGUUUGCGCUUGGAGGGUGCAUCUCACAGGCACAGUUCAAGACCCUAUCAGCUACAAUAAUGGCGUGCUUUUUCGCCAUAACAACUCCUGCUGGAAUUGGGAUUGGGACAGGCAUCUCUUCGUUUUACAACCCACACAGCUCCGCAGCACUAAUUGCAGAAGGCAUUUUAGAUUCAUCGUCUGCUGGAAUUCUUGUGUACAUGGCUUUGGUGGACCUGAUAGCUGCUGAUUUUCUAAGUAAAAGUAUGAGCUGCAAUUUUAGGCUUCAAUUGGUGUCUUAUUUCAUGCUCUUUCUUGGAGCUGGAAUGAUGGCUGCACUUGCAAUCUGGGUUUAGAUUAUUAUUAUUUUUUUAUUGUAUUCAGGAGAAUAGUGCUACUUUCUCACAAAAGUGUGGGCUAUUCUUGUAAUACAAAGAAAAGUGUUGUAAUACAAAGAAUAUGCCCCGCUGAUAAAAGAUGGUGCAUGCCCUGAUCUCUGAGUGAGAAUAGAAGGCAUUAAGCGAAUGUUGUUGUAGUCUUUUAAUUUGUCGUUUUUUUUAUAAGAAAAGGAAGAAUGAAAGUCGUUAAAAUUGAUGGUUGGAUUAUA